GUAGGCCAUAUCGCCGCCAUGAUUGUCGUUUCCUGGAAAAUUACGUCGUACUCUACAGUCUACAGUGAAACAAAAUAACAUGGCGUCAUUGUCAAAUUAGGCCUCGCUCGAGUCAGAACUUUGACUUGUGUUUACAUAAAAAAAACGUCAUUUUUCAAUUUCUCAACUUCGUUACUGAUAGUUUUUGCAAACGGUCUCAGUUCAAAAGUACUUUCCCGUCCGUUUCCACAUGCGCCAGUCGAGUCAUCACCGUCGUCGACUGCUGUGAGAGGCCGAGGUUAUGGUUGCCUGUCGCUCCUGCGGGCGAAACAUAGCGUCCGGAACAAUUCGAUGCUCGAAAUGCGGUACACCCUUCCAUCUGUCCUGCUCGCAUAGAUACAAAAUCAGCUCCGACGGCGUUUUCAACGUUUGCUGCGGACCUACCGAUAGCGGACCCUUCUCUGGCAACGGCUCCUAUCAGAUGCGCACCAGGCGCGGAGCCAAACGUAGACAGCAGCAACAGCAGUCCCAGAUUGUCAACAACCCUUUAAGCAACGAAAACAGAACUGCUGUCGCCAGUCCCGGGGUCAUUCCCCCUCUGAUCCAGGAGGAGCAGGAUAACAGUGGCAUGCGAUACACGAAAAUACAAAAGACAACUGAAGAGAUGGUUGUCAGUCAGAAACCCUUUGUUCAAGAGGACAAUGAAUGUGCAGAGAUUAUUCAGGAACAAGACUACAUCGAACUGGACAAUGAGAAUGAUAAUACAGACUAUGGUGAGCUCAACAACUCCAUAGAGAUACUAGAGGAAUCGAUUAAUAAUGUCAAUCACAAUCUGAAUGAUAACAAUGGUGAUAAUGAUGAUGAUAAUGACAAUGACAAUGAUGUCAAGGUUUUAACAGACAUGAGGCCUCAGAAUGUAAACGCAAGUAAUGAUAUGAACAACAAAGUUACCUUGGAUACUGUUUGGCAAGGAAUCUCAGCAUUGCAAUCGUCCAUUUCUAAUAUCUCAAAUUCACUGGACUCUGUAUCCACUCACCUUAACACUUUUGACCCUCGCAUGAAUGAAUUGGAGUCAUCUCUCAACACAAUCAAAGCCAAGACCUCAAAUUUUGAAAAUGUCCAAAAUGAUGUGAGUGGGUUACGAGAAGAACUAGAACGAGUCACAACCGAACUAGAAAACAUCAAAACUAAUCAGAUGCAAAAAAAUGUGGACUUGUCAGAGAUUUUUCAAGAGAUUAAGGAACGAGAUAUGAAGUCCAGAAACCUUUUAAUAUACAAUGUGCCAGAAGACAAUUUAAGAAUAUCACAGGACUACUCAACUUUAGAAGAUAUCAACCAAUUUAAUGCUCUGCUUGCCUCAAGAGAUGCCUCACGAGCGCGUGAAAUACUCGGAAACAUACCUAACGUCGAUGUGGAUGAUUUGCAAACUAGGCGAUUAGGGAGAGUAAAUCCCAACACAUGCCGACCGCUCCGUGUAACUUUAAGUUGUAAAGAAGACGUUAUAACCGUUAUGAAAAAUAGAGCUUUAGUUAGUAGCCAAUAUACCGUCAAGACCGAUUUAACAAGAUUCCAGCAGAGGAAAAUUAAAGAGUUAAAGGAGGAAUUGGACAAAAUUAACGUAAAUCAGCGAAACCCGACGAUGACCAUAAAAUUCGUUAAUGGUGAACCUAAACUUAUGCCUAUAGCUAGACGAAAUUGGAAGAACGAGUAAGAAGGUAGCUCUUAAGCUUGUUUCUCAAGAGAACUCUGGAUACACUGUUUGGUUUUUAAUUAGAUCAUUCUCGCGAGAUCAGAAUCCAUUUCUUAUUGUUUUAGAACAAACAUGUUCUUUUACAAACCUUAGUUGUAAUAACCUAUGUUAAUAUAAUAUAGAGUUGGAAAUAAAUUUUUUAAUAUAUAUGUAGAGUAAACACAUGUAACUUCAAAUUACAUACUUAUAAGUAUGAAAAGUAAUCCAUGUGUCAAAAAACAUAUUUUAUAAAUAGGUUUCAUCUUUGUUGUAGUUUCAUAUAAUACUAAAAGAAAGAAUAGAUUUCGUUUUACAAAAAUAAAGAUGAAACUUCAUUUUAUGAAUGUGAAUUUCGCUAAUAUUACGCAUAAAACGAUUUUUGAAAAAGAUUAAAAAAAACAUAUUCUAUAUUAUAUCAACACUUAAAAAAAGAAUGAUUCAAUUUCAUUGUUAUUAACCAAUUAAAAAAAGCACAUCUUUGUAAUUGGGAAAAGUUAGUUUAAAUUACUUGAAGUUUUUAUAAUUAAUAAUUAAAACUAUGACUUUCAUUUCAAUUAAUGAAGAUUGCAAAGAAAUGUUGACACUCGAAACUGAAUUGAUUUUUUUUCUAGAGACGGUUGCUGCUAUUAAUAAUGAUCAUACAUAUUAAUCAUUGGACAUUAAAGUAAAUCAUCAAGUAACAUUAACAUCAAUGUUUAGAAAAUAAAAUGUUUAAGUUAGAUUUUCAAUAAAGGAAAUACCAUGUGAUAUCAUUUACUUUUUUGUGGAUGCAUGUAGACAUUUACUGAACUAUAUAAAUUUUCUAAUUGGUUUUGCUGUGAAACACUGUUGCUUGUUUAAUAAUGAAAUCAUAAAUUAUAUCCAAUAUUCAUCUUUUCUACUAAAUGUAAAAAGUAAAUAAUUCAACGAUUAUGCAUAAUAAAUAAAAUUAUGUAAUCCUAUAAAUUUUCCUUUACCAUUAUUUAGAUAAUUAUUUAUAUAAAACUUUUUUAAUAAAACCAAUAUCUUAUAAGAUUACUUUUUUACAUAGAGUACGUCUUAAUAGUAAAAACUGAUAUGAUUAGUUUUAAUAUCAUUACAUGUUUUUAGCUUUCAAGCUGAAACUAUUUCACUACCAAUUGUAGUACUAGUAAAUAAAAAGUAGACAUAUAA